UCAGCAAUAACAAUCCGAUGAUCAGUAACGCAGUCUGAAACUGAACAAAUAUUUAACACUUAGUAAAUUCCGUCCGAAUUUUGUUUAAUUUAGCGAGACGAGCCCAUUAAUGUUUUGGUGAUUAACGUGACAAGAAAGAUAAUCAGGCUCAUUAUCAACAUCAACUAUCUGAAAAUCAUAUUUAGGAAACUACGCCUUCAGGCUCAAAUUUGAAUCAUUCAACAUUAGUGCAACAAUGAAUCUCUGGCAGCAAACCGUUUCAACGUUUUUUACAUUAUUGGUGGCAACUUCAGGAUGGCGUCCGUUUACGAUAGAAAUGCAGAAUCUUACCUAUGAAUUGCUUCAUCCAAACGUAGUCGACGUAAAUAUAACAAUGAAAAAUAGAACUCAUCUCGAUGUUCACAUCAAUUUCGGACGAGAUAUUCCACAGGCAUUUAUUGACCUAACAGUUUUGCAUGAUGCGGGUGAUGAUAAAUUCGAUUUGGUUUACAUGAACAAAACCGUAGACAUUUGCCAAUUUUUAACGAAUAGAAAAUCUAAUAUUUUCUUUGAUAUCGUUUAUAAAGUGAUGUUAGAGUAUGCCGCCACCUUACCUGACCGAUGUCCUAUACGCAAGAAAAAAUACCAGCUCAUCAAUACAUUUGUCGAUCCAGAAAAGUUUCCAAGCUUUAUGCCUGAUCAUAAAGGCAAAAUUUCGAUUUUGAGCUGGUGGAAGCCGAAAGGUGUAAAAAUCGCUUUAAUGAAGAUGAAUUUUAAACUCGUCUUUCAGCGGACGUACAGAGCAAAUGGAUAA